AUGGGCUCGCGCAGCUCCCACGCUGCGCUCAUUCCCGACGUGGACCACAUUCGCAGAGAGACCGGCUUCUCGCAAGCCAGCCUGCUCCGUCUCUACCACCGGUUCCAAGCCCUGGACAGGGAGGAAAAGGGCUACUUGAGCCGCCUAGACCUCCAGCAGAUCGGGGCCCUGGCUGUGAACCCCCUGGGGGACCGCAUUAUAGACAGCUUCUUCCCCAACGGGAGUCAGAGAGUGGAUUUCGCAGGCUUUGCCAGGGUCCUGGCUCAUUUUCGACCUGUAGAUGAGGAAGAUGCAACAAUCCGAGACCCCAAGCAACCUGAACCCCUAAACAGCAGAAUGAACAAACUGCGCUUUGCAUUUCAGCUCUACGAUCUGGAUCGUGAUGGGAAGAUCUCCAGGAAUGAAAUGCUACAGGUUCUCCGGCUGAUGGUUGGAGUUCAGGUGACGGAUGAGCAGUUGGAGAGCAUCACAGACCGCACAGUGCAGGAAGCUGAUGAAGACGGUGAUGGGGCAGUGUCCUUCAUGGAGUUCACCAAGUCCUUAGAGAAGAUGAACAUCGAACAAAAAAUGAGCAUCCGGAUCCUGAAGUGA